CAUUGUCCAUCUCGAGGGCCAAGGCUGCGAAUUUGGCCAAAAACGAAAACUCGGGAGCCGUGAAUCGUUCACUAACUCAGUGCCCCACAGUUGUAAAGAAAAUGGAGUAGGGUCACAUGACCAACCACCUGCCUCUUUUCCGUAAUUGCUAUCAUCUUGCAAGGGCCAUUUCAAAAUUCCCGUCCCUUCCUUUUUUUUUUUUGUCCUUGUCCUCGCAUGGUAACCGAAACUCCGCACAAUUAACAGUUUUUCGGUCCAAAUUUUAAAAGGGAAAAAAAAAGUCUCUCCCUCUCUCUCUCUAAUCUAAUCUUUGAGAAUCCGAAUUAGAAAGAGAUUCCGCGAUUUGAGCAUUUGGAGGCGGAAAAAGAGAGCAUUAAAUCCCAAAAGAGAGCGAAUAAGCAAAGUGCGAAAGAGUGAGGAAGUUAUUUUGAAACGGAAUUGAAUCGUUGGCUUUCGAAGCUGAAAGAGGGAGCGAAAAAAGAGAGUAGGAGUUAGGGUUUUCUGGUGUUUGGAAAGAUUCGAAUCGAGAGAGGAAGAGAGGGGUUAGGGUUUUCAGGGUGAAGAUGACGGAGGUGAUAUUACAUAUAUACGAUGUGACGAACAGUGGAUCGGAUAAGACGAACAACACCAUUGUUCAAAUCAACAAGAUCUUCAAGGAUGGAAUCGGCCUCGGCGGCAUCUUCCACAGCGCUGUUCAGGUAUAUGGAGAAGAUGAAUGGUCUUUUGGCUUCUGUGAGCAAGGGUCUGGGGUUUUUAGUUGUCCGUCAGGCAAAAAUCCAAUGUAUACAUACCGUGAGUCCGUGGUCCUUGGAAGAACUAGCUUUUCAAUAUUCAAGGUAAACCAGAUCGUACAGGAACUAAGUAGAGAAUGGCCUGGAAGUUCCUAUGACUUGUUAUCCAAAAAUUGCAACCACUUCUGUGAUGAGUUCUGUGAAAGUCUUGGUGUCCAAAAGCUUCCAGGUUGGGUUAAUCGUUUUGCCAAUGCUGGUGAUGCUGCAAUAGAAAUAGCAGAAAACACUGCCUUCCGGUUGAGACAAGCCAAGACUGAGAUAGUAUCAGCCAGCAAAGUGGCGUAUCGUUUCCUUGUGGGUGUUACAUCCGGUUCUAGUGGUGGUAAUGAUUCCCCUGGCAAUCAAAACAGAGGAAGCCCUAGAUUUCAAGCAGCUUGGUUUAAAAAUAUCAUCACUACUGGUGCCAAACCAUCUAGCCGUUCUGAAAUUGAGACUCAGAAUGGCAAUGUUCUUCAGCAGCAUCAGCCCCAGAAUUCUGCAGAGACAAUUCAAAAAAAUUUUCAAGAUUCAAAAAGACCAUCGAGACAGAAUUCAGAAGAUAUGGGACGACCAUUGCAACAGAAUUCACAAGAUUCAGAACAAUCACUGUGACAGAAUUCAUGGCAUGAUAUUUGACGGAAAUGUUUUCUGGAAGCAUCCUUUGUUGUGUACUACUUGGAACUCUGCAUAGCCAAUCAAGAAGAUAUUCAUUGUGUAUCAAUGUAAAAUGUUCAUUUGUUGUCCCAAACUGAAAAUUUCGAACUGUUUUCUUCCAACAAAAUGUGUGCAUUUUGGAAAAAGAACCAAAGAUGCUGUAAGGUCAGUCAAAUAUGAUUUUGCAAUAUAACUUCCCCAUAUCUUCUAGUGUUAAAGAGAUAAUUCUAAGUCGUUUGAAUCUAAUGUGUAUGAAAAGGGAUAUGGCUGGUUGGUAUGUAGGGCAAACCUUUUUACCACCGUGUAUUUAGCUUCUUCCUGCAGCUUAAAGUGCAAAUGCAAACAAGUAAUCGACACUUGAUUUUUCAUGAGCAAUAUAUGUCUUCAAAACUUUUGUAAUUCCUUUUGAAUUUUUUUUCAGUGG